AGUCUAGAAUUAGCUUCAGUUGGGAAACUGCCUUGCUUUGUGUCCUGCCUGUCCCCAAACCAGGCAUCUAUCUGGGUCUUGGAGGAAGUGGAAAAGGAGGGUUGGGAGCUGACCUUGGAGACUGAAGGAUCCUACUGUCCAAGGAUGGGCAUUCUGCCUGGCCCUCGGGAGCUAAGCGCAGCCCCCAGAAAACCAGUGGGGCAGCAACGGGGCUGACCUUGUGGGUCUGUCUGGCCUUGGGCGCCUGGGAAUGCAGAUGGUAAAGAGGAACUUCGAGCAGACAGGCAGGCAUUGGACGUCCGCCUGUGGUCUGAGACGGAAGAGAGUCUGGCCCAGGCUGGGCAUCCCCUUUGUCCCUCGCUACCAGCUUGGAGGUGGUGAAGACUCUAGGUGACUUCGAAGGUUCAUAAUGGCUGUCCGGGUGCUGCUGCAGAUGGCCCUGUUCCUCCUGAGCCUGCUGUUGAUGGCUCAAGGGGUCCACAGCGGCAGUCCCCGGGAAGAUUUCCGCUUCUGUGGCCAACGGAACCAGACGCGGAAUAGCAUCCUCCAUUAUGACCAGUCCUCAGAGCUGCACAUCUCAGUCUGGAACACGGAAGAGGCCCUCACAAUCCAUGCCCCCUUCCCCGCUGCCCACCAUGCUUUCUGGACCUUCCCGGAGCCCAGGGGCCUCUAUCACUUCUGCCUCUACUGGAGCCGCCACGCUGAGAGGCUGCACCUGCGCUAUGGCAAGAACGACUACGUGCUGAGUAGCAGAGCCACCAGCCUCCUGUGUUUCCGGAACCAGGAGCAGGGCCAGAAACCGGGGACUCCACUGCUCGCCACUUCCGUCAGCUCCUGGUGGAACCCCCAGAACACCAGCCUGCCUGGGGCGGCCAGCUUCAUUUUCUCCUUCCACAACUCCCCCCGGAAGGCCUCCCACAAUGCAUCUGCGGAUAUGUGUGAGCUGAAAAAGGACCUGCAGCUGCUCAACCGGUUCCUGCAGCAUCCUCACCGGACCUCCAGGCGGCCCUCAUCGGCAGACAUCAGUCAGCAGCUUCAGAGUCUCGAGUCAAAGCUGGCCUCCGUGAACUUCCUUGGGGACACGGUGUCCUUUGAGGAGGACCGAGUCAAUGCCACAGUGUGGAAGCUGCCCCCUACGGCUGGGCUCCAGGACCUGCGCAUCCAUUCCCGGCAGGAGGAGGAACAGAGUGAGAUCCAGGAAUACUCGGUGCUGCUGCCCCGAACCCUCUUUCAGCAAGCCAGAGGCCGGCGCAGGGAGACCGCGCAGAGACUGCUGCUGGUGGACUUUAGCAGUCAGGCUCUCUUCCAGGACAAGAAUUCUAGCCAAGUCUUGGGGGAGAAGGUCUUGGGCAUUGUUGUGCAGAACACCAAAAUAGCCAACCUCUCUGAGCCCGUGGUUCUCACUUUCCAGCACCAGCCCCAGCCGAAGAACGUGAGUCUACAGUGUGUGUUCUGGGUUGAAGACCCAACACCCAGCAGCCCCGGGAGCUGGAGCAGUGAAGGAUGCGAGACCCUCAGGAGAGAAACCCAGACGUCCUGCCUCUGCAACCACCUGACCUACUUCGCAGUGUUGAUGGUUUCUUCUCUGGAGGUGGAAGCCACUCAUAAGCACUACCUCACGCUUCUGUCCUACGUGGGCUGUGUCAUCUCCGCCCUGGCCUGUGUCUUUACCAUCGCAGCCUACCUCUGCUCCAGGAGGAAGUCCCGAGAUUACACCAUCAAGGUGCACAUGAACCUGCUGCUGGCUGUCUUCCUGCUGGACGUGAGCUUCCUGCUCAGCGAGCCCGUAGCGCUGAUGGGUUCCGAGGCUGCCUGCCGUGCCAGCGCCAUCUUCCUGCACUUCUCCCUCCUCGCCUGCCUCUCCUGGAUGGGCCUUGAGGGCUACAACCUCUACCGGCUUGUGGUUGAAGUCUUUGGCACCUACGUCCCUGGGUACCUGCUCAAGCUGAGCGCCGUAGGAUGGGGCUUCCCCAUCUUCCUGGUCACACUGGUAGCACUGGUGGACGUGAACAACUACGGCGCAAUCAUCCUGGCAGUGCACCGGACUCCAGAACGUGUCAUGUACCCCUCCAUGUGCUGGAUCCGGGACUCGCUGGUCAGCUAUGUCACCAACCUGGGCCUCUUCAGCCUGGUGUUCCUCUUCAACACGGCCAUGCUGGGCACCAUGGUGGUGCAGAUCCUACGGCUUCGGCCACACAGCCAGAAAUGGCCCCACGUCCUGACGCUGCUGGGCCUCAGCCUGGUUCUCGGUCUGCCCUGGGCCUUAGUCUUCUUCUCUUUUGCUUCUGGCACCUUCCAGCUUGUGGUCCUCUACUUCUUCAGUAUCAUCACUUCCUUCCAAGGCUUCCUCAUCUUCCUGUGGUACUGGUCCAUGCGGCUGCAGGCCCACGGGGGCCCCUCCCCACUGAAGAACAGCUCAGACAGCGCCAAGCUGCCCAUCAGCUCGGGCAGCACCUCAUCCAGCCGCAUCUAGACUGCCACGUGCCCACACUGCCUGAGGCCAAGCCCUUGCUGGUCAGUGGCAAACUUGAGAAGUCCCUCCUCGUCCUUUGGAGGGAGGGGGAUGGGUGUUGCCAUGGUAGCUAGACACUGACCUAGCCUUAGAGACCCCUCAGCUCCCAGGUCCAAUCCCAAAGGUUCAGAAAUACACUGCCGUACUAGCUGUGGGGCUGUCCUCACAGCUGUCCCCGUCUGAGCUGAGGCCUUAUCUUUUCUGGCCACCUCCGGGCCCAGCCUUUGUUGCUGGAUGUUGGGAUCUGCAGGCCCAGAGUCGUGUUUGGAUCUUGGAGGCUGGACACAUCCUUAACUCCGUGUCCCUGCCUGGGACACAGGUGCCCAGGCUAUAGUUUCUGACCCUGUGGUCACCACGUGGCUAUCCUCAGCCCUUGCUUUUUGAGCCUGAGGAUGGGGCUGGGGAGAACCAUCAGGGUCUGCAGGAGGCCAGGUGCCUCCCUGGAGCAGAGCAUUGCAGCAGCUUGCCUACGUGGGCCCAGGCUCCUUCCACCAGCCUCCUGGCCCCCUUCUUCCUUCCUUGUUCCCCUUGUCUCCUGAGGCCCCCCCAGCCCUCCACCUGCAGCCAGUUCCAGUGCUAUUCUUUUGGGUAAUGAGUCCCAGGAGCUGCGUGGUACCUGCUGUAAUUUUCUGUCUGCUGCAUGGGCCUUGGCGUCUCCCAAGCCAGGCUCAGCUGGGUCAGCCCUCCCCCCACCCCCGGUCUAUCUGGGCCUCUCUGUGAGCUGUCUUAUGCUUGCUCACACCCCAAAAGGGCGUCCACCUCUUUAGAUGCCCUCCUGCAGUAACCACGCCUGGGGGACACCGAGAUCUGCUCUUGUUUCCAACCCAGCAUUCUGAAGCCUGAAAGAUCUUUCCCUGAGACGCCGACUUGAGCCUGAUGCUCUCCUAAGGAGUGGUUUUCAAAUCCCUGUAGAUCACCCCAAGGACACUGGUCUGCCCAUCAUGGUGAAUCCUGUCCAGCUAACAUAAUCAUAGGGACAUGGGUCAUCAGACCUGAUGGUGUUCCCUACAAACUCUCCCGGGUCCUGGAGCUUCAGGCACUGGGCCUGGGGAGCCCUCACUCCUGGCUGGGAAUCCAGGACUUCCUGCAGGGGGCAGUGUUUGAUAGUGACCUCCGCCUUCAAGAUGGGCAGGGUGUUCUUUUUAAAAUACUGAUGUAUUUGUCUUUUGAUAUUAAAAAAAGUACAUGUUCAUUGUAGAGAGUUUGGAAGCUGUAGAUUGUUGCAAAGAUAAAUAAAAAUCAGCAGUUGCUAUCUGUUGCCUUGACAAA